GUUGCACAAUCAAGUGAACCAACCUGGCGGACUUUCAAAAUUCAAAUACUCACGCUCCCCCCUUGUCGUUAUUCCGCAGUUCCUCCGUUUAGAACUCGAGUUCAGACUUGACGUUCCAAGGCGGAGCAACGACUCACAGCCGCCGCACACGGCCACUAGAAUCUCGCUUCUCGGAUUCUCCGAUUUGAUAGCCGGCAGAGCGUAGGGAGCGAUAGGUAAGUGGAGCAAAUGGCAUCCAACAUUGGAAUGAUGGACUCCGCUUACUUCAUCGGCAGAUCUGAGAUCCUUUCCUGGAUCAACUCCACUCUCCAUCUCAGUAUCUCGAAAGUCGAAGAGGCAUGUACAGGCGCGGUCCAGUGCCAAUUGAUGGAUUCUGUUCAUCCUGGGGUGGUCCCGAUGCACAAGGUCAAUUUUGAUGCGAAGAAUGAGUACGAAAUGAUCCAGAACUACAAGGUCCUUCAAGAUGUCUUCAACAAGCUCAAAAUUACUAAGCAUAUUGAGGUGAGCAAACUGGUGAAAGGAAGGCCUCUGGAUAACCUGGAGUUUAUGCAGUGGAUGAAGCGCUACUGUGAUUCUGUAGGAGGAGGAGCUGCACUCAAUUACAACGCUCUAGAGAGAAGAGAGGCCAGCAAGGGUGGAAAGGAAGUGAACAAGAAAUCUGCAGCAGCAUCACAACAAGUUUCGGCCAAGCCUUCCUCAGCUUCCACCAAGCAUCAUGUCCCACCCAAUGGCCGUAGGAAUGAUGCUACCAAUAUAAGCACCACAAAUCUUUCUGGAAAGACAUCUAGGCCAUCUUCAAGUGGAGGCCGCUCCGUCUACUCUGAAACAGAAAAGGCUGCACAUGAACAACAGAUUACAGAGUUGAAGUUGUCUGUGGAUAGUCUGGAGAGGGAGAGGGACUUCUACUUUGCUAAGCUGAGGGAUAUUGAAAUUGUGUGCCAAUGCCCCGAGAUUGAAAACCUACCCGUGGUUGAAGCAUUGAAAAAGAUUCUGUAUGCUACAGAUGACGAUGCAACACUCGUUGCUGAGGCUCAAGCCAUCAUCUCCAAGCAACACCAACAAGUGGACGAACACGAAGUUGAGACUGACAACAACAAAGUGAGAGUUGAAAACCAGAAGAGAAAAAUAAUCAUCAAUGCUGAUGUUGAUGUUGCUGCUAGUGUCACAUUGUCUCCCAGGCAAAAGAUCACUGAUGCUUCAGAUGUCCAUUGCAGCGGAUCGCCCCUCGUGACUUACUGAUGUCUUCUAUUAGUUCAAGAAUGAUGUUUUUUGUCCUGCCUCGAUUGCCCGAGAGGUAUAUACUUCAAACAAUGUGGGUGAAUCGUGAAUGACAUAGACAACAAAUUUUAUUUAGUGCACCAGCUGUUAUGGAAAG